CCAGCUUUUCUUCCUAUGCGGUAAUAAUCAUUGUAUAGAAGUCCUCGAUCUCCGUAGCAAUUGAGCCAAAGAGCUGAGCUUUUUGUGUCAACAUCAACUAUUCUGCGAGAGAAAAAAUUAGGAGGACGUUUUUUAUAUUUGCUAAUGAAGUUGAUCAGCGGGGCCUUGCAAACGCCUUAUUGCGCGUUGUAGCGCAACUCGAAACUUCUGACAAUUUGAAGAAGACUGAUAUUUCUUUUUUAUAAAGUUGUCAUUUCUCGAAAGUUUGUCAACGAAUUUAUUUUCAACUGUCGAAGCGGUUCCGCCAUGCGCAGUCGUUUGUGAAUCAACAUUUUCUAUUUAAACAAACAACACAGGAGACAUAUCCCCGUUGACUUCCUCAUCAAGAGGACUUGAUUUUCUCACGCCAUGGGUCCGAAACAGAGCAGUCCGGUGGCCGAUGGUAGAACCCGUGCUUAUUCCAGCUCCGAUGUCCCAUCUGGAACUAACAGGGGGGGUGGGUUCAGGUACACCAAUGGUCCGGACGGGCCUGAAAUUCGAUAUACCAAUGGAAACCAUCCAACUUCAUAUCAAGCUGGACUGAAUAUCCCCAACAACAGGAGACAGGGGUCCCUGCUGUUUGGCAGCAGCCUAGACGACACAGACGGGGAGAGCGGUCUGUCUGGCGGCAGGCACCGGCUGCUUAUUGGGUCACUACCAGCGCACCUGUCCCCACACAUGCUAGGAGGGUUCCAUUGUCCUGUGUGCUCUAAGUUUGUGUCUUCAGAUGAGAUGGAGGUACACCUGAUCAUGUGUCUGACAAAACCCCGCCUCUCCUACAACGAGGAUGUCCUGGCUAAGGAUUCUGGGGAGUGUUCUAUUUGUCUCGAUGAGUUGGAGCAGGGUGACACUAUCGCUAGACUGCCCUGUCUCUGUAUCUACCACAAAGGGUGCAUAGACGAGUGGUUUGAAGUAAACCGCUCAUGUCCAGAGCAUCCCUCAGACUAGACUGGAUUUGAGUCACACAUUACUUCUUUGCUCCAAUAGCAUCCAUGGCUGACCUUACCUCAGCCCACCACCAUUUGUGCCAGACCCACACUCUCCUUAGGGACUAUUUGCACUACAUUUCCUAGAAGUCUUCAAAUAAAGAAGAGAACUGUUGACCACUCAUUUAGUGUGGUCAAAAAACGAAAACUUCAGUCUGGUUUGUAAACCAGCUUUACUGGAGAAGAAACGUGAAAGAGAAUCCCAAUCGAGUACUAGGCGUUAUUGGGUGCACUUCAGGGAAAUCUACUUUGGAUUUAAUUCCAUUUGUACUCCUCAGCCCUACAAACAAUAAUGUGAUAUUAUCUCUUCUCAGAACUGUGUAGUAGUAAACAUUUUUACUUUUUUAAUUCUGAUAUACAACUUGGCACUUCAAAUAAUUUGUUUUAUUGCCUGUGUUGUGUGCUAAUUAUUUGUCAAACAUUGCUUAUCACCUCAAUAAUCAAGUCCAAUUCAGAUCAAAAAAAGUUUAUUGGGGUACAGAAAUUAGCAAUUGGUUUAGAAUUGAUAUAUUUCAGGGAUUACUGUGAGGUUAUCAUAGACAUGAUACUAUAUCCUUUAUUUGUGACUAGUAGUCACAUUUUGUAUGUCUAUUUAAGUGCCGUGACUAUGCUGCUAGGUAAAUGUUCACAGCCACAGUAGUCAAAUGUUGACAUGAUAUAAAUGUAUAUGUAUGUUUUUAGAAAUACCACAUCCAAAUGUAACGACAAAUGUUAGUUCCCACAUUAUGUACAUGACUGACAUGUACCUGAUGUCAUCUGAAAUUUAAAAAUGUUGACAAAUCUACUGUUGUUUUGGUGAAUAUUAUGAUAUCACAAUGCUGCCUGCAUCAGUGAUUGAUAAUUUACCUGCAGAAAGGAACAGUGAUAAAGUGAAAGAUUGUGUUUAUCUUACAUUGACUAUGUUAACUGGCUGUGUUUUGGGGUUAUUCCACAAAUACAUUAGUGACAGAAGAAUCUAAAUUGACUCUAGAUCUGCAUGUGUUCAAUUCAAAAUCAUUUCAAUUACACUGUCCAUUUCAAUUUACAAACACUUCUGAAUAAAGCACUGAUGUGAAUAGUUAUUUUCUCCCCCUCUCCUAUCCCCCCUGAGUAACACUUUAACAUAAAGGCUGACAUUUGAAAAGCCUUAAGAUGCAUUAUUUUAACAUAAAAUAAUUAUAAACAACAAUCAACAGUUAGACAUAGCGUUUGCAUUGAGUUGCUACUUAUCCAUUUGCUACUUAUCAAAUUGUUGUAGAAAGGGACAAGUGCCAAAAGACAUGAAAAAAGUUUGAGACACAUCACA